AAGAACCAAGGCAAAUGCAGCACACCUUUACAUACCUGGCACGGGGCCGCGUUAAACAAGGGGAGCGAUUUUAAGGCCGGCGCAUCAGACGCUCUUUUGCGCAGACGAGCGUCUCGAAACCCGACGCUGCGUUGCGCGAGUUUCGACCCAAAGCGCAAAAAAAAAAAGAAGAGGAGGGAAACGAGAAGUUGAAAGUAAGGCCUUAAAAAGUGAAGUGCAACUUGCCAACUUGGCUCCUCCCGAUUCCUGGGUUGUCAACACGCGCCCGCCCUUCGCCCCAUUCAGACGUGCGCGUAUGACGCGUUUCUUUUUUUUCCCCCUCGCGAAAGCGGGCUCUCGGUGGAUCAGGUAGGUGAGGGGGGAAAGAGGCGGCAAAGGCCCGUGAAGGGCGAGAGGGUCCGUUGGGCUCUCCGAACGACCCCGCGCAGCAGACGCCGGAGCCGGCAGAGCCCCGAGCCUCCGGCGCCCGCUUCCUCUCAGCCCGGCAGUGGCGGCGGCGACGCCCGCCUCUCGCUUACCCGGAAUCCGGAGGCAGAAGCCGGCGAGGGGCGAGCGGGGUUUGCCCAGCGAGGGAAGAGCUUCAGGCGGAAUCCAUAGUCUAAAGACCCCCCUCUCUCGACCCCUCAGACGAAGCAGCGGCGGAAAUCCCGCCCCGGGCGGAGAACGCGCCCACGCAUAGGCGGAGAGGGAGAAGCGGGCGGCGGGGAUUGGCCGCUCCCGGAUGCCCGUCGCAGGGGGGCGGAGGGUGUUUUGCGCACGGAUGCUCGCACGUGACGGCCGCCGGAGGGGGCGGGGCCCGCAGGGAGGAGGGAGGAGGAGCAGGGAGGAUGCGGCGGCUGGUCCUGGCAGGAGGCGAAAUGGGGGUGAGGGCGGGUGGCCUCAGGAGCGUAGCUGUCAACUUUUCCCUUUUCUUGCGAGGAAUCCUAUUCGGAAUAAGGGAAUUUCCCUUAAAAAAAAUGGAAACGUUGACAGCUAUUCUCAGGAGCCUGUAUUAAAGCAAAAUGAUGGCAUAAAUUUACUUAGGUCAUUUGUUCUAUAUACGAUAUUAUGUGCUGGAAUGAACCAGUUGCAAGCGACAGCAGAGCCUUUGAGCAUGUGCAGAGUGGUUUUGUUUUGGUUUUGCCCUCAUGAAGACAACCAUCAGGAAGCCACGCUGGUCCCUCGACAAUGCAUGGGAUGGAAGCCCUUCUUGCAGGUGGGAAAAGGUGGCUUAAGAUGCAAAGAAAGAAAGAAAGACGCACCUUUCGUGACAAAGCAAAUAAGUGAGAGGCAAUUGUUGAAGAUGCUUGAAGUGCCGAAUAAGGGAUGGGAGUACUGGUAGAGUUUUGUGCCGGGAAAAACGCUGAGCGCUAAUAAUAUAAAGGAAAACAAGCCAAUGAGAGCUUCUAAUAAGAGGAAACAGAUCUCUGCAAGAUGGAAGAUACACAUAUUGUGCAGGGUGGGAAGCAAAAGGAAAGAAGCUCCGUGUGGUUUGGGAGUAGGAAAGAGAGAAAAGAUGCUGCAAAAUUAAGACUUCUAUUAUACAUCUAUUCUACAUCUACAUCCACCCCAGUUGGAUGUAGAUAUGACUGAAUAACAUUUGAUGUCUACUCUGAAGUUAUGCAAGAAUAGUCUAUGAUUCUCAUGCUAGCACUUUUCCGUAUGAAGCCCUUAGAAAUGAUGUACGAAAUGUAGCAGGAGGGGAUAAAUGACUUUUUCUUCUUUUCUUUCCAUGCCUACCAGUCAUACAAGAGGCUUUUAGGCAAGCUGUUACUAAACUUCCUUAGGUUCUCUCUCACCCUUAGACGGGAGUGAUUUCUGGGGAUCCAAGGUACAUACUUUGGAGACCAGAGAGCAUAUAGCUUACCUUGGCUUUCCCCAAUCCCAAAAUGGCUCCCAAAUAGUCUAGGCAAACAAAGGUUUAAAAUAACCCUUUGAGGCUGAUACAAAUGCACCCAAGACCAAUUUAAUGAAGCUUAUUAAUAAUAAAAGACGGUAAGAAGACAAAUGGAAGUGACAAAAUGUUGCAUCAGGAAAAUAAUAAAGAAAAUGUUUUUAGUCUAUUUUGCCUGUAGUAGCUACUUGCAAACCAACCUGGUCUCCUCACAUGUAACAUAGCAAUGUAGAUGCUCAAGUUGAAGGGCAAGGUGUUGCUCAGCAUUUCACUUGCAGAAAAAUACCUCUGGAUACAAGCCACUAUAUCUGCAUAAUGUGAGGCCCUUUUCAACGCAGCUGUUUCUAUGAAAUCAGUUCACACCACAGGAUGAAGAAGACAGGCUUUGCCCAAUCUAUUGCUUGAAUCAAGGAAGGGAGCUUCCUUCCUCUUUCACUGCCAGAUAUAACUCUGCUCCAGUUACCAGUUGCCGUGUGACUGCAGAACAGUUGAAGUACAUUCUGAGUAAAAGAUCACAUGCCAUUGUUAUUACCAUAUCACUCCUUAGUCCUCUGACUUUCCCGUGGUGUGAACUGAUUUCAUAGAAAAGCAACAGCUCAGUUGAAAAGGGCCUUACAUUAUGCAGAUAGGGUGGCUUGUAUCCAGAGGUAUUCUUCUGCAAGUAAAGUGUGUUUCCAUCCCCAAUAGUUGGAGCCUUCAAAUUUACACUAAGCCCCUUGAGCCACAGCACCCACUAAAAAGUUGAUGUUGCGGGAGGGGGAGAUCCUCUGAUACAUUAUGCAAUGUGGUACGGAGGCAGCAGUAGACAGGUGGAUUGUUGAAAAUAGGGAAGCCAGCCUUGUGUCAGCAGAUGUGUUUUCUGUUUUUGCCAAAGCAUUUUUUCCCCAUUCAAGACAUUGUACUUGGUAUGACAGCAAUUUAUAAUUCUGUUGGAUAUAUUGGUGCUGCCCAUCAACAUGUUUAAGUGAUCGUUCAGUUUUGGUGAAGAAAUUAAUAGUAUACAUAGAAGUUCACAUUUGGUGUUACAGUUGUCAGAUGAUAAAGGAAACUUGUACAAACCAGCCUGAUGACAUUUUAAAUGCCAUUGGUCUUUCAGGGUGUGACUGUGUGGUUAGGGCCCGAUUCUUGCACCACCAGCAAUUGCAGAAAGAGACUAACAGGCGACAGAUGUAGGCUGUUAUUGAUCCUGGCAGUGAUAACAAAGUUGCGUGAAGGUUAUCUGACUACUCCUUGAUUGUUACAUAGCUUUUCGGCAUAAAUAGAGGUGUGUCAGUAAGCAUUUACAUUUUCUGAUUCGGUUCUUGGAGGCAAAACCUACAUUGGGCAGAACUUUAGUAGCAAAAGAGUACUAUGCUUGAAUGUAGAAGAUCUGAAUUCAGUCCUAGAAAAGGAGAAACGCCAUGGCAUAUAGUAUAUAUAUAUAUAUGGAAAGGCAAUAUUCUCAGUAGCCCAUCUGUUAAAAAAACAUAAAAACAGACAAAUAGGGCCUUGUAACAAAAUAAUGUGUCGUAUCUGUGGUGUGUGUGUGUCUGUGUUCAGAUGGCAUUUUAUUCCAUCUUCUUUUUUUUAAAAAAAAAAGAUAUUUAUUAAAAUUUUCAAAAUAUUACAAAAUGAAAAAAGAAAAAAGAAAAAUACAAAAUAAAAGUAGUUAAAAACAACUCAAUCUUUCCGUUACUUAUCUUUCAUUGGCUUGUUUCCCGGACCUCCUCGCGCCUCCCUUUUUUGUCUUCCAAUUCGGUUUGUUAGUUCAGCAAAUCCUUCCCCUCUUUGUUUAUCCUAGUCUUUAAUCUUAAAAUAUUAUGACAUUGAAUUUUAACCUAUUAAUAAUCCAUUUUCAUAUUCCCUUAUAAUAUUACAGCUAAAAACCACUUAAUUUCUAUCCAACAUCAUUCUAACAUUCAUUAAUUUUGCAAUAUUUCUGUAGAUAGUCUUUAAACUUUUUCCAAUCUUCUUCCACCGACUCUUCUCCCUGGUCUCGGAUUCUGCCAGUCAUUUCCACCAAUUCCAUAUAGUCCAUCACCUUCAUCUGCCAUUCUUCCAGGGUGGGUAGAUCUUGUGUCUUCCAGUACUUUGCAAUAAGUAUUCUUGCUGCUGUUGUGGCAUACAUAAAGAAAGUUCUAUCCUUCUUUGACACCAAUUGGUCGACUAUGCCCAGGAGAAAGGCCUCUGGUUUCUUCAGGAAGGUAUAUUUAAAUACCUUUUUCAAUUCAUUAUAGAUCAUCUCCCAGAAAGCCUUAAUCCUUGGGCACGUCCACCAAAGGUGAAAGAAUGUACCUUCAGUUUCUUUACAUUUCCAACAUUUAUUAUCGGGCAAAUGAUAGAUUUUUGCAAGCUUGACUGGUGUCAUGUACCACCUGUAUAUCAUUUUCAUAAUCUUCUCUCUAAAGGCAUUGCAUGCCGUAAACUUCAUACCUGUGGUCCAUAACUGUUCCCAGUCAGCCAUCAUUAUGUUAUGUCCAAUGUCUUGUGCCCAUUUAAUCAUAGCAGAUUUCACCGUUUCAUCCUGAGUAUUCCAUUUCAACAGCAAGUUAUACAUCUUUGAUAAAGUCUUAGUUUUGGGUUCUAACAGUUCUGUUUCUAAUUUUGAUUUUUCCACCUGGAAGCCAAUUUUCUUGUCCGAAUUAUAUGCCUCCAUUAUCUGAUAAUAAUGAAGCCAAUCUCGCACUUUAUUUUUUAGUUUCUCAAAACUCUGCACAUCUUCACAAUGUUUCCUUACCUGUUCAUAUUCACAUUUCACAUGAUUUUUCAGACAAAUAAAAGCCGCCUCUGGGAAUCUACUGGCAUCUAGUGAAUGUGCAUUGCUUAUUUCUGUGCUAACUGUUACUAGACAAAAAUCCAAUGGCAACCCCAUUGGCUCAGAAAAAUGCUGGAAUGUUGCAUUGAUUAAAUUUGGGUCUGAAUAUUGGCAUACAGUUUUUCCUGCCAUUUAAAAUUUAGCAGAACAUGGAGUGAUCAAAAAGCCUCCAUUCCGUAACACAACAACUUACUGCAAUACAAAAGGAACAUUAGACAUCAGGUGGAGGAAGGCUGCUCUCGAAGUACCAGCUAGCUUACUAUUGCAGGAAUUGUUAGCCGCAAAAAUAUUUUCAGUUUAAGAUACAAAACAGAGGAUUUGCUGUGUUGCCCUGUUGCAGCAAAACCAACUAAGAGUCUGGUGUACAGACAAGUUGUCAAGCAUUUCAAUUGGCUCUGAUUAUAUUUUAUACAUUUAAAAUUUAAACAUAUGCAUGCCUCUUGAAUUCCAUUGCCAUUUGGCCAUAUGAUGAUGACACUGAUUUAUUACAGUUAUCAGUCACUUUGUACCAAAAAAAAGUCUCAAAGCGACUUGACAGGAUAACAUGCAACAAAUAAAAGCAAUUUAAAACCAGGAAAAAAAGCAAUGAACAAUACAAAAUACAUAAAAAGCUGAUCUAGCGACAUUAAUAAGGACAUGUCCUUCCUACCCCACGAAAAGAUGGGUACCACCAUAGGCCUAAUGACCUGAAGCCUGAGCAAGCAAAAAGGUCUUAGAAUGGCACCUGAGGACUGACAAGGAUGGCACCAGGUGCUUCUCCCUGGAGAGAGCAUUCCACAGACGGAGUGAAAUACUAUGAAAUACUAAAGAAAGCCCAUUCUUAUGCAGCUACCUCUGCAUCUCCUUUGAGUAGCCUUCUGAGGGCACACGGAGAAGAAAACAUUUCCCACCUCUAUUCUCAUAAGUGCAUCUGCAAGCAUCCAACUAGGGAUAACAUGUCACACACCUAAUGGUGGGCUCUAGUCCACGAAAGCUUUUGCCACAAAAGAUUUGUUAGUCUUUAUGGUGCCAUAAGUGAUGUAUGGAAGUGAGAGCUGGACCAUAAAGAAGGCUGAUCGCCAAAGAAUUGAUGCUUUUGAAUUAUGGUGCUGGAGGAGACUCUUGAGAAGAUCAAACCUAUCCAUUCUUAAGGAAAUCAGCCCUGAGUGCUCACUGGAAGGACAGGUCGUGAAGCUGAUACUCCAAUACUUUGGCCACCUCAUGAGAAGAGAAGACUCCCUGGAAAAGACCCUGAUGUUGGGAAAGAUGGAGGGUACAAGGAGAAGGGGAUGACAGAGGACGAGAUGGUUGGACAGUGUUCUCGAAGCUACUAAUAUGAGUUUGACCAAACUGCGGGAGGCAGUGGAAGACAGGAGUGCCUGGCGUGCUGUGGUCCAUGGGGUCACAAAGAGUCGGACACAACUAAACGACUAAACAAACAAACAUGGUGCCAUUAAGACAUGCCUUUCCCAAACUUGAAAGCGUAUGAAAUAACACAGGGAUAUUAAUAAAUGGUUCUUUGCCCAGUUCUCAUGCACUUGCUUUUCAGAUACCUAUAGUUUCAAGCUAUUAAGCUGUCUGAUCCUUGUUGGGGGGGGGGGAGGGGACAGUACAGUUGGCUUCUGAUCCAAACUGGUGGAGCUGACUUAUAAAGUUGUUAUGGUAACAUGAGUGCCGAGAUUAGAUUUAUUUACAGAAAGUGCGAAGGCUACCAUAAGCAAUAAAAUAAACACCAGACUCACUUAUGUUCUGGCGCUCUGUGGUUUGAGAAGUGCUUGUUGAGCAAAUACGACUAGCUUGGAACAUGCAUGCACAUGCUGAAUGCUUGCUUCCACUUGCCUUGAUCAAUACGUGGUUUGCUGGUUUAAUUAAGUUUACGGGUUGGAAAAGGGAACAUUUUUUUUUGCUGUUCAGUGCAGCCUGGGAAACAAAUUCCACUCAUUGUUUCCUGCAGGGUCUACACUGCCUGCUUGAGCCUGGUUUUCCAGGCUGCCUUUUAGCUUUUGGGAGGCGGGGGCAGGGUGGGAUGUGCACAUUUUGCUUGGAUGUUUACAGCCUGCUUUAAAUAGUUUUUUCUUUUGCCUCCAGUGCGGAGAUAAGAUUUGCAUCUGACAUGGAAUUUGAUGGAGUAGAAAGACGUUGGAGGCAUUUCUAAAAAGCUUUUUUUUUUUCCAAAAUGAGGAUUUUCGUCGCUUUUGAAGGACUUUGGGAAUCCUUCGACAUUUCAUCAGAGAACACAGUGAAAGAUCUAAAACUGAUGAUAAAGGUAAGGGCUUGGCCAAGUUGCUUCGUUCUCUAUUAUUUUGAUUUUAAGUGCUUGUGAGAAUCUGAAUCAGAUAAUAUCCAUUGCCAAAAUGAAACUUCUAAGGAAGGUCUUCCUACGCGCUAGGUUCUUUUAAAAAAAAAGGAGAGUUCAAAUUUAAUGGAAUUGUCUUCGUUGUAUUUCAUUUCAAGAGUCUGGUUUAAAUUUAUAUUAUUCGUUUUUAUAUUAGAGUAUAAUAUUUUACAUUUUAAUCCAUCUGAUUAGGGCUGCAUAUACACCAUACAUUUAAAGCACAUGACUUUAAAAUAUUGGGAACUGUAGUUUUUAAGGGUGCUGGGAAUUUAUCCCUGAGGGGUUAACUACAGUUCCCAUAAUUCUUUUUGGAAGAAGUUAUGUGCUCUAGAUGUGCAUUAAAUAUAUGGUGUGAAUGUGACCUCAGCUUCACUAGGUAGUUUUGAAUCUGCAUAUAUUUUCACAAGAGAUGGUUAGUAUAGUCUCUUUGAGUGAUCAAAGCUGAGUAGACAAACUUAAAUAACUAAGUGCUUUGCUGUCUUGUAAGGUUCAGCUAAACCCUUCCAGUUGCAGUAUGCAAAAGAGAAAAUUUAAAUUUGUGUACAAGGAUUUAUGUAUUUUGGCACAACCACCAAACACAUUUGAGGGGGGCUUCAGAUUCACUCCAGGGCACCGUAAGUCGAUAUGAAACAAGACAAAAUAAAAAUACAGUUCAAUAUGCUUUAAUUUACCAGAGUUUUUAUUCAUUUUUACUAUUAAGUAUGUCCCCUUGAAUUAUAAGGCACUUAUCCUCAAGUAAGUGUGCAUAGGAUUGCAACCCAAACACGUUUACGGUCCAAUAGUAUGAAUGUUUACUUGCAAGUAUAUCCCACUGAAUUCAAAAGGGCUCUUGUUCUCCAUCAGGGAAAUAAAACUGAGAUAGAUAGAUAUAUUUUAAAGCCUAUUAUAACCUCAAGCCAUGAAGAACAGCAUGAGAGAACCUGGUCCUGGUAAACAGAGCACAGGAUCUGGCACUGAGUUGGGAUAAGCAGCUUGUGGCCUCCCAGAUGUUAUCGGGCUGCAACUACCAUCUUCACUGACUGUUGACCAUGCUAGCUGGGGCUGAUGGGAGUUGGAGUCCACUGGCGUCGGGAAGGUUGCCGGCUGCCCACCCCACACUAAGUGUCCCCCUAAUGCAAUGGGACCCCUUACACCAGUGUUUCUCAAACUUGGAUCUCCUGCUGGUUUUGGGCUACAACUCCCAUCAUCCCUAGCCAGCAGGACCCGUGGUCAGGGAUGAUGGGAAUUGUAGUUCAAUAAAGAGCUGGGGACCCAAGUUUGGAAAACACUGCCUUACAGUCUCUAGUACUGGGCUCAGGCACUGCCUCCUGUACUGAAGCAACAAGUCAUCGUCAAAUGCCUAUGUGGCUAGUCCACAUAGCUGCGGAGGAGGCAAGGAUGGUGAGGGGGUGGGAUCCACAUAAACAAUUAAUUCCCAUUUUAAUAGGAAGCUGGCAUUAUAUGGAGUCCCACAGUGGUCCAUUUAGCUCAGCAUCAUCUACACCAAGGUGGAGAACCUCGGGUCCGGCGACCAACUGUGUUCCUCCAGACCUUUCUGUCUGGCCCUCUGGGCUGUGACAACCCCUUGUUUGCAAGGGUUAGGAUGCAAGUCUGCUGUGCAAAGGUCCAAGUCACAUCCAUGGCUCCACCCACUUCUGCCUCUCGCCCUGCCCACUGCCGCAAUGCGGCCCCCAGAAAGUUGCCUGCCAGGGAAGGUGGCCCUUGUCUACACUGACUGUCAGUGAGCCUCUGAUUUUUUAGACAGAGAUGCCAGGAACUGAGCCUGGGAAAGGUACUUUGCCACUUCACAAUAGGCCUUCCCUGUAGCUCCCUCAGUGGUGGGUAUUGACUUGAACGCUAACAGGUUAUUUGCCCUCGAUGGAAGUGUUUACGACUUGCUCUAAAAUAAUUAUUUCCUCCCCCUUUAAGGAUUAUUUUCACGUUCCUCUCUCAGAAGAUAAGCAAGGCAGGCGGUAUUUGGAGCUAAUUUAUGCAGGAGCAGUGUUAAAGGACAGCUGGAUACUUGCUGAUGUGGGCAUAUCAGUUUCUUCGACCAUCAAAUGUGUUGUUAAGGUAUAGUACGGUUUUAAAACAAACAAACCUAGGCUGCCUAAUUAGCACGGAAAGUCUCCAUGCAUGCUGAUUUCCUCGCUAAAUUAUAGAUCUUGGGCUAGGAUCACACAGCAGGAAUCAAAAAGCACCUGAUCUUCCAAUGAGAUGCAGUCACCUUCAGAAAAUGAUGGCAGGAAAGCGCUAAUGCAAGGAGAGUUAAACCUUAGGCUGUGUACACAACGUGUUCGUAGCACAAAAAUAUGCCUUUUCUACCUGGAAUUGUACAUGCUUAUCCUCAGCGUUUUGCUUUCAAUCUGGAUUGCUUCUAGACCCUGCCAUCCACAAGCAUGGGUGUGGUUUCUUGAUAUUCCUUUGAAAUUCCUCCCUUUGAUUGGGUUAUUAUCCACACCUAGUCCUCCCUACACAUGUCCUAGGUGAAAGAGGAAGGAGGUGGCGAUUGUGACCUAGUUAGAUGCCCACCCAUUAUGUCAUUGGGCAGCUAUGUAUACACACCCUGUCGCCAGGGCUGUCGACACUUGUUUUCAAAAGAACACUGUGUGGGGUAAUCUAUGGUGACCUUUUGGAAUGAAACCAGUUUCUCAAUGCAUGCUUUCCAGGGGCAGGAAAAUAUGCAACAGAUCUUGAUUGUGCGUGGCCUACUUGGGGGGGGGGGAAAUACUCAGUCUCCACUGAUUCUAGAAUAAAAUGCCACACGUACACAGGCUUUAGCCUCACACUGAUUUGUAAGGAACUUUGACUGCACAACACACACACCAUACACUUCAAUUCCUGCAAAGAAUCAUGGGGACUGUAGUAUACUCUUCGCAGAGCUAUAAUUCCCAGCACUACAGUUCCCAGGAUUCUUGGGGGGGGGGCGGAGUCCUGUGAUUUGGAUGUAUGGUAUGAGCACAGCCUUUGAAAAAUUUCGAGGCUCUCUUUUAAAAUGCAAAACCUUGAAUAUUCCGUAUUGCUUAAUAUCCCGUAUCCUAUCACAUUCUGUAGUUCUUCAGAAAAAUGGAAACUGGGAAAAGAUAGAUCUGUACAGAAAGCACAUUAAUAUGGUAGCCAGCCCCUUGCCUGGAUGUCAGUGCCUGUGAUAUGUGAAAGGAUGUUCUGCCUCAAACACAGUUCCUCUUUGCCCCUACCUGCUGCAUCCAGCAGGAUGCUUCUUCUUGUUGUUGUUGUUUAGUCGUUUAGUCAUGUCUGACUCUUCGUGACCCCAUGGACCAGAGUACGCCAGGCACUCCUGUCUUCCACUGCCUCCCGCAAUUUGGUCAAACUCAUGCUGGUAGCUUCGAGAACACUGUCCAACCAUCUCGUCCUCUGUCGUCCCCUUCUCCUUGUGCCCUCCAUCUUUCCCAACAUCACGGUCUUUUAGCAGGAUGCUAGUUUUAACCUUAGGGAGGCAGAGGAGCAGGGUGGUGGUGUUGCUACUACUAUUAUUAUUUACCCACCCAUCAUCAGCAGGUCCCAGAGCUAGUUAAAACAAUUUAAAAAUUGAGAAUUAAAAAGAGUUGAAACAUUUUACAGUCACAAGAGUAGGGUAAGUCCCAGAAACACAAAUCUCAGGUGCUGAUGGGCUGGCUGGCUGCAGUACUAGCUCUAGGCUUGAGGACAGCCAGCCUCUUGGCAAAGUUGGAAGGGGUCCUUAGUGACACCAGGUGGACUUACCUGGUGGCGGUGGCAGCAACAGUAGCAGCAGUGCCCUGAAUCAGUACCAGGUGACUUGAAAUCCGCCAUUUAGAUUUCCCCCAAUGCCCAGAGCAGUCCCGCCCCCCCCCCCUUUGAAGCUGAUAUGCAAACAGAGAGAAUUUCUGAAUUCAGCUUGGCUGUGGUUUGAGAAUCCUGAAACAAUUUAUCCCAGGUCACUUUGUUUUCUCAGUUUGAGAGUUAGUUUGCCAGAAUUUUUAUUGUUCCUGGCACAGCAUUACUAAGAUCACUGAAGAUGAGAACAAAGCGUAGAACAUUGAGAGCUGCAAUUCUCUGCCCAGUUACCUAGGAAUGCAGUCCUCUGAUCUCAGUUGGAGUAAACAGAAUUGAACUGAAAAAGGACUGCGCUCAUAUUGGGGCAUCUACAGAGAUGGAGAAACAGAGCCAGACAUUGUUCUCUUGGCCUGGAAAUCCUAUAUUAGAAACCAUUAUUUCCAUUCAACAGGACCUUUAAUUGUGACAAGUGUUCUACAAGUCCUGUUUCGUCUUCUCUCUGAACACCUUUACUUUGUGAGGUAGGUCAGAGGUUAUUCCUAUUUCACAGAUGGGAAUGAAGGUUGCAAAAGAAGGACUUGCACUAAGUUGUAACCAGGCUGAUCUGGAAUGCAAAUCCAGCUCUUUGUAUAUAGGACAGUGCUAGGUCUUCAUAUCUUCCUGUAUCUCCCCACGGUAGAGAUUGUAAAUUAAACUGAAUUGAAUUUUAAAACAAAACUGAUUGCUGCUGUUGUGGGCUGCACCAUCAACCACAAGACCACAUUCUAUGUGUGGGCAAUGGAUGUCCCCAUGUCUUAUAGUCAGAAUUCUACAUGGGCUAUAAGCACAAUUUACCACUGGAAUAUUGAUCUCAUUGUUGGGUUUCCUUUCCAGGAAGAAGAUAAGCCAGUUUUCUAUGUUUACAAUGCUGUCACUCGUGAAAAAGUGCCCAUCAUGGGGAAGAUUUAUCUCCUGGGGUUAAAGGUUUCCCAGCUCAAAAGCCUGGUAACCCUGAAGUGUGGCUUUCCAAACAGCAUUUAUUGUCUCAGGACGCCAGAGGGCAGAGAGAUGUACGACUGCAAUACCUUGAGUGACUAUCAGUUAGAUAUAGGUAUUAAGACUGUUUGUGGGUUUUUAUCUACUCCCACCUGAUAACAUAGCUCUCCAGACUUUUCUAGAAAUAUCUGAGCUUAAGAAAUAGGUAUCAUUUUGGACUGUUUCCCUGAAUAAAAAUAUUUUUGUGUAUGUUGGACAACACCAUAUUUUGCAAUAUUAUUGGGCCUUCCCACGAGUGCCUUCUUAACAUCUGCAAGUGAUACAGAGUAUUUGGAAAUGUUAAAACGAACAAAGCUGAUAAAAAGCUAGUUAAGUCAGAUAAUUCAGCCUUUGUUCAGAGAUACUGCUGAUGCAAUGUGCACAUUAUAAAACAACAGCAACACUGUGUAGUAAGCAAUCUAUAUCUAAGUAGCCUAUGAAAUGACGAAGACAACUUGAAAGGAAGCAUUGUUGAUACACUGGUUUGCCUCAUAGAAAAGCAAAAUAAGUAGUCAUAGAGUAAGGCUGCAAGCCUAUGCUCACCUACCAGGCUGUAAAGCCCAUUGAACUCGGGGUGUAAUUCUGAGCAAAGAUAUAUGUAUAGAAUUAAUAAAUAAUUUUUUUUAUUUAUACCCCGCCCUUCCCAGUUCAGAAAACUGGGCUCAGGGCGGCUAACAACAAAUUUAAAACACUUAAUUAAUGCAACAAAAAACAGCAUAAAAUACAGUAUAAAACGUGAAUAACAAUAAAUUCAGAAUUCAAAAAUCAAUUUAGGGGGGAAAUCCAUCCAAUAAACAUUAGAUGAUCACCAGGGCUAGCUGGCUAAAUUGGUCCUAUUUGGGCCAGCGAGGAGACCAGGAGAGAAUUAGCUGUGGGAUCCCAGAGCGGGUUAUCUUCAUAAAAAGGGGAGGGGGAGGGAAAGAAGGGGAAUAAAAGAUCAGACUAAGUUCAAAUUGAAAGCCAGGUGGAAUAGUUCUGUCUUACAGGCCCUGCAGAAGGAAGUUAAAUCCUGCAGGGCCCUGGUCUCAUGGGACACAGCAUUCCACCAGGUCGGAGCCAUCACUGAGAAGGCCCUGACCCUGGUGGAGGAUAAUCUGACUUCCUUAGGGCCUGGGACCUCUAAACUAUGAUUAUUCAUGGACCUUAAGGUCCUCUGCGGGGCAUACCAGGAGAGGCGGUCCCGUAAAUACGAGGGUGUAAGGCUAUAGUCCAGUGCAUACCACUCAACUAUCCCAUUUUAAGCGGGGCAUUCCAGAUUGACAGAAGCCUUCCUGGCUUCUGAUCCCAAUCCUGGAUGCCCCAGUCCCAUGCUCUGGCCGUGCCAGAGUGCAGAACCAAAACACUGGUGUAUUUUUUGCUUCCGUGCUGUGGUGCGAGUCAAUUGGCUCACACCUGAGCACGGGGCCAAAAAACAACAACCCAGAAGCAAAACCCACCUUUCCCCCUGCACGUCUCUGCUCUUCUCACGUCUUCUGACCUGACACUUCUGGAAGCCAGUUUCCGGAAGUACGUCUGCAGUGCUGGCAGAGGAGGAAGAGGUGGCAGGCCAAGGGAGGAGGGCAGGGAGUAGGAGCAGCGUGAGCAAAGGAGAGCAGAGAUGGCUUGGGUUGGUGAGCAAGCGAAGGAGUACAAAGGUGGGACAGGUGGGAUGGUGGGGGCAGGGGUGUCCUGCUUUGCCCUCCCAGAAUUUUUGAAUGUAUGCCAGCGCAUACUCAACAGAGAAGCUCAUUAAACGUAUUUACUUCCACAGAAACCUGCACAUAAACUGGCCGCAAGAUGUACAAAGUGUCAUGGAAUUCUACUCAGUAUUGAUCCAGAGUAGAUUCCAUUGUAUAGUUAGCACAGUAACAACUUAAACAUGUUGCAGGAUCCCCAAAAAUAGACCAGAGGCAAUUAAUAUUUCAUCCAGCAGAGCUUUAUUGGUCACAAAUCCAAUACAUUCAGGAUUGGCACUGUUUAUAAGAAAUCCAGUCGCAGCAGACUUAACUUAAACUUACAAGAACUUAUAAUAAGUCUAAACCUUCACACUAAGCAUACUAUGUACAUAACACCACACUAGGCGGAAGAGAGAUAGAAAGAGAAAGUGAAACCAAGGCUACUUCUGGCCCUACUUUUAUAGUCAGCAUGACCGUGACAGAAAGAGAUAAGAGAGCCAGUUUACUAAGCCAGCUGUGCUCAGCUUCUCUGAAGGAAUAACCUAAACAAGACCCUUCUGCUUGUUUCUUUGACACAGAAAGAAACCUUCCAGGACCCUCAUAAAUUAAGCAGACUACAGGAAAGAUCUCUACGCAUCAGAUCAAUACUUUCUGUACUAAGAAAUGCAAACUAACACAAAGAAUAUACCAUACUGGCCUGAAUAUAAGCCUCACUUUUUUCCAAAUUCUGACUCUGAAAAGUUAAAGUGUGGCUUAAGUUCGCAAUCUUACAAAAAUUGGCUUUUACGAUAUUGCUGCUGAAACAGACAUAUGGUAAAAUGGAACGGGUGUGAGUGUCUGCGGGAUUUUAAGGGAGUGGCUUAUAUUUGGGUAUUGUCCCUCCCCCCCCCUUGAAUUUUAAAGGUGCGGCUAAUCUUUGGAUACAGCUUAUACUCAGGCCAAUACGGUAUUAGCGUUUCCCAACCUGAUGCUCUCUCCAUGUUUGGACUAAAGCUCUUAUUGGCUAUGCUGGCUGGGGCUGAUGGGAGUUGUAGUUCAAAGCAUCUGGAGGACUUGCAGGUUGGGGAAAGCAGAACUGUAUAGAACUCAAAUAGCACACUUUGGUUGUGAUGGCAUGUAACAACAGUUCCCGCCAGCAAAUGACCUUGUGAAAAGUCUAUUAUAACAUGUGAGAUUUUAAAAUUUUCAUGAAAAAGCUAGAAGCAGAGCAAAGGACUGGAACUUUCCGUUGGCAGGCACAACUCUUCACCUGGAUGUUUGGGAUGGGUGGAAAGAAUUCCUGACUGGAUGUCUCUUAGGAAACAAGCCCAAGGUCCAGCGCUAUCUUUCAAAGGAAGAACCAGUGCUCAGGUACAAUCAAUUUAAAAUAAUAGUUAACUUUAUAAAGAGGUUUUCCAUUUGAGACCGAAACGGUCAGUUUCAAAAUGCCCCUCGCCUUAAAGAAAAAAAACUUUCUUAUUUGGCCUAGGUUCUAAUCUUGCUUUGACACCUUUAUGAAAGGUGCUUCUCAGGCAAAUUAGGUGCCUCCAUAGAUUGCAAAUGGAGACAGGGAGAGAAACAAAAACAAAAUGCAAACCCCAAAGUACUUAGGACUCAGCUAGACUGGUAAAGAAAAUGUGUUUUAUAUGCGUUGUAUAUGCAAUAUAACAUUGUGCCACCAGAUGAAGAUGUGGAGUCCCAUUUUUCUCUACCCGUUUUCCCUGUUUAAAUUCACAACGCUUUAAACUGAAACGCUUCUUUGGUGUGUCUAGAUCCAGCCUUAGAUGGAGCUUGAUCUGCACAGCCCUAGUGAGUAGUUGCUUUUACAGUCAGAAGCAAUCUGCCCGGACGCUGAGGUCCAGCGCCGAGGGCCUUCUGGCAGUUCCCUCACUGCGAGAAGCAAAGCUACAGGGAACCAGGCAGAGGGCCUUCUCUGUAGUGGCACCCGCCCUGUGGAAUGCCCUCCCACCAGAUGUCAAAGAGAGAAACAACUACCUGACAUUUAGAAGACACCUGAAGGCUGAAGGUUCAGGGAAGUUUUUAAUGUGUGACAUUUUAAUGUAUUUUUAAUCUUUGUUGGAAGCCUCCCAGAGUGGCUGGGGAAACCCAGCCAGAUGGACGGGGUACAAAUAAUAAAUUAUUAUUAUUAUUAUUAUUAUUAUUAUUAUUAUUAUUAUUUACUUUUAUUCACGGAUUUUCAGACUCAUGACUUAAAAAAAACCUUGUUGCAUUAUCCUCUCUCUACUGUGUGCCUAACUAUGAUUUUUGCAAAGGACUUGUUUUACUUUUCACUAUUCAUUCAUGUUCUCUCUCUCAGAUAUCAAAAGAGGGUAGCUCUCUAUAUGGCAGCCUUUUUCGGGCACCUUCAGCUUUUGGCGUGGCUCCUGAAACAGGGUGUGAAACCCACUGAACCAGUUGGCAUACAUCCCUAUCGAGAGUGGUGUCACGAAAGCAGCCAGCCGGAUGUCACCAGUUGUCCAGUUCAUGCAGCUGCGGAAGCAGGCCAACUCAUGGUUCUGAAAGCCUUUGUCAAUUACAGUGUCUUAUGCCUCGAAUGCCAGAACUCUGCAGGACAAACUCCCUUGCAGCUAUGUAUCCAACACAGACACAAGAACUGUGUGCUGUAUUUAGUCACCAAGAUGUGGUCCGUGGUUUCUUACCCUAAUUCCUCCCUUCCCAUGAAAAUCUACAUCAAGUUAAAACUGUGGCUGCUUAAGGCUCAAAAUAACAUCUGUACGAAGAAGCUGCGCAAGCAGACAUCAGUCUUCAGGACUAGGGUUGGGGACACUGUCCUUGUGGAUGGUUUCACAGAACCCAAAAUGACUUCCAAAAGUUUUUAUUCGGCCACAGUCAAGGGCACAGGCCGCAGAGGCUAUGAACUACCAAACAUAAACUCUCAGUUCCAGCACGGGCAGGGUGACUGGUGCUUGACGAUUUCAAAGGGGUACCUAGGGACAAAUGUCAAAUUGCCCCUGGUAGCAGAUGCAUACAACCAUGCUAAUGCGGGCAGACUGACACAGAAAAAUAACGCCAGGAGGAAGAUUCUGCACAUUAGCAGUGAAGAAAAUAUGGACCAAAAUAUGUGUUUAGCAAGAGUUCCUCUACCCGCUGUCUCUGUUGUCAAGCCUGUUUCUCGUUAUUCCAUCUCCAAUGCAAAAAUUCUGCUCAAUUCUUCUGUCAAGUCUUUUUCAGAACACAGUGGAAGAUCACCAAGGGAGAAUGCAAUCUACUGCUUAGCUAUAGCCAGGUAUGUUUAUCUUUGUUCUUACCAAGGGUGGGCAGUGCACCCAGAAACACCCCAGUUUGAAAGGCAGCAGCUAAUCACACUAUUGGUGUUGUAUCCUUUUUAAUUCUGCCCCCACCCCACCGUCAAGACUGAAUAAAAUAUAAAUAAAUAAAAAGUGACAUUUUAAAGUACAUGGCUUCCCCAAAAGAAUCCUGAGAACUGUACUUUACCCCUUGCAGGGCUAUAAUUCUCAGCACCUGUAAUAAAAUACAAUCCCCAGGGUUCUUGGGGUGAAACAUCUUCUUUAAGCAUGUGUUAGGUGUGCUUUUGAGGACGUGGGUGGCGCCGUGGUCUAAACCACUGGGCCUUGGGCUUGCCGAUCAAAAGGUCGGCGGUUCAAAUCCCCGUGAUGGGGUGAGCUCCCGUUACUCAGUCUCAGCUCCUGCCAACCUAGCAGUUCGAAAGCACGUCAAAGUGCAAGUAAAUAAAUAGGUACUGCUCCGGCGGGAAGGUAAACAGCAUUUCCGUGCGCUGCUCUGGUGUCGGUGUUCCGUUGUGCCAGAAGCGGCUUAGUCAUGCUGGCCACAUGACCCAGAAAAACUGCAGAGUGGACCAACGCCGGCUCCCUCAGCCUGUAAAGCGAGAUGAGCGCCACAACCCCCGAGUCAUUCGCGACUGGACUUAACUGUCAGGGGUCCCUUUACCUUUAUGUUUUAGGUGUGCUUUAAAGGCAUAUGUUUUAUGCAUUUUCCUGAUCUUCCACAAGCUAUUUUAUCCCAUUGAUUCACCCAAUUCUAUGUAUCUUUCUAGUACAGUGGUAUCCCGGGUUACAUACGCUUCAGGUUACAGACUCCACUAACCCAGAAAUAGUGCUUCAGGUUAAGAACUUUGCUUCAGGAUGAGAACAGAAAUCGGGCUCCGGUAGCGCAGUGGCAGCAGGAGGCCCCCAUUAGCUAAAGUGGUGCUUCAGGUUAAGAACAGUUUCAGAUUAAGAAUGGACCUCCAGAACGAAUUAACACCACUGUACCAAACUGCACUGAUCUUCUUUACAGUUUUAUUUAACAUUUACCUCCCAUAUUUCUAUGGUGAGCACAGCAGUCAACUUAAGAAAAUAAAAAUUUUCCUGGAAAGAAGUUCCAUCUAGCCAUUAGUCAUAGUAGGAUAUCGCCCAUUGGAAACAAUGGGACAUACUUCUCAAUAGAUAAUUGUAAGAUUGGGACCUAAAUCAUAAAACAAAAGCACUAGAAAAAGCGAGAUACUAUCAACCAUACAGCAGUGAAAUAUCAUAAAAACAGCACAGCAUCCAGCAGAGAAAACAUGCCAGCCUGAAAACACCUGUCAACAUAAAAUGUGCUUGAUCUUAAGAAUCUUCUUAAAAGUGAGAAAAGAGGGGGCCAGAUAGACCUGAUUUGGCAGGGUCUUCUACAGCUAAGGCACCACAACUGAAAAGGCUGUACUGUCAGGAUCUCAUCCAACUCAGAUCCUGGGGAGAGCUGUUCAACGAAAGAAGCUUGAGGUCUCACAGAGAACUCUGUUCAUCUGAACACCUGGAGGGACCCGCAGUAGGUUAAAAGCAGCCUGAGCAGCCCCAUCUCAGGGAUGCCUCACCUCUACACCCCUGGCCUUAUUUUUUGGAGUAUGUACCCUGCCCUGAAAACAGCUGAUACAACGCAGGACUGAAUGUUUUUUUGGUCUUGUUUUUUAAAAACCAAAUACAGUGGUACGGUACCUUGAUUCUCAAACUUCAUCCGUUCCGGAAGUCCGUUCCAAAUCCAAAGUGUUCCAAAACCAAGGCGUGCUUUCCCAUAGAAAGUAAUACAAAACGGAUUAAUCCGUUCCAGACUUUUAAAAACAACCCCUAAAACAGCAAUUUAACAUGAAUUUUACUAUCUUACAAGGCCGUUGAUCCAUAAAAUGAAAGCAAUAAUCAAUGUACUGUACUAUAAAAUAAAUAAGACAUUAUUGUAAAUGAUAAAAAUUAAAAUUAUUUUUUUUCUUACCUGCACUGAUGAUAGCCAUUGUUUGGAUGGGGGGCUUUUAUCCAUUUCCACAAUCACACAGUCAAUCAAUCAGUAGCUGAACUGGGUUCCACACAGUCACAAAAACAAAUUAAUCAAAAAAGCCUCAAAAACUCAAAAUAAAUACCAAAAACAAAAGUGCCAACCUUAAUCCGUCUCGGAAGUCCAUUUGACUUCCAAAAUGUUCAAAAACCAAGGCGCAUCUUCUGAUUUGUGCAGGCGCCCCAGAAACAAUAGCCGACAAUCGCAUUGGAUGUUCAGCUUCUGAAAAACAUUUGAAAACCAGAACACUUACUUCCAGGUUUUCGGCAUUUGGGAAUCAAGGCGUUUGAGUACCAAGGUACCACUGUAAAUGAAGUCUGCAGCUUAUUUAACAAAUGCAUGACAGCUGGAUCUGACUUAGGGUCGGGGUAGGCUACUUUAUUCUGAGAAAAAACACAGAAUACAUAAUCUCCCUCUCUUAAAGAUUUUAUUUUUAAGUGCAUAUGCAAGAGAGAAGUGCAGAUGCAGUAACUGAAUCUUCUUUAUUAGCUGUAAUAUUUAUUUGGGGGGUGACUCCUACAAAAGGGUGUCUUGGAUAGACUUGAGAGUGAGACUCUCGCUGAUGAAUGCAUACUGCCACCAUGUGGUGGUAGUGAUUUAAGCAAUAGUAACCCUGAUGUUUCCAUCUGAAGAAAAAUACCUUUAUGCAGCUGCAAGCUAAAGGAUGGUAGGAAACAGCAGGAAACUGCUGAGUAAGCUGACAGUUGCUAAACUGUGCAGGGAAAUAAAACAAGCAAAGAACUAGGUAAUAAGCGUAGACAACAUAUAAAAUGGAAGAGACUGAUCUGCAUCAAAUGAUGACCCAAAACCAUGGUUUUAGGUUAGGCUGAUUGGUAACCAACUAUCAUGUACCUUUGCUUCUGCAUAACAUCUGAAGUCUGGGAACGGUGGCUUGUUCUAACCAAAGGGAGUUAAAACCAAGCAAGAAUCAUACUGUGAUUUCAGUUCCUGGAUUGUUUACUUACUGAGGACAUAUCUACCUACAUUUCCAUGAUGGACCUUUUAAGAGCCAUACCAUUCACCAGUGGAUUUUCCAGACCCACAGAGGGAUCUUUAUUAGCAAGGGGAAGGAGGGCCAGAGGCAGAUGCUUUGUGACAUUCUUAGGCAGCCAGUGGUUAAGAGCAAUAGCACAGCCCUGAUGGGUCAGACCAAAAGGCCCAUCUAGUCCAGCAUACAACCAUAUACCUAUGAGAAGUCUACAAGCAUGACAUGAAUGUAAUUACCCUCUUCUGGGUUAUGGUCACCAAUAAUUGUUAUGCAGAGGUAUAUUGCUUCUGAUACUGGAGGCAAUAUAGCUAUUAUGACUAGUAGUCAUUUGAUGUCCUCCAUGAAUAUAUGUUUUGUCCUAGUUUAAGUGACUGGAGAUUUCUGCAGCGUAACCUGUGCCCAUCUUAGGCGAAAGGUAAAAACUAUGAUCACUGCUGUGGUCUCUCUUUGAUGAUGCAUGAAGCUGAAACAGGCUAAUGUUUGCCAUGGAAGUUUCCUGAAAUAGUCUUCACAUGAUAAUCAGUCCCUAUCUGACCACCGUAUUUAGAGUUGUAUAGAUUAGGAGUGGGGAUCCUGUGGCCCUCCAGAUGUUGUUUGCCUGCAGCUUCCACAUGCCUGAUCGUUGGUCAUGCUGGCUGGGGCUGAUGGGAGUUGGGAGUUGAGCAUCUCAUAACACAUCACGUAGCAAAACUGUUCCUGGACUGCGCCACCUCAAGCUGCAAGUGGGGAAUUAAUAUGUCUGAAUGUUUUCCCUGUUGGAAAUGGGGUGGAAUCCUGCACACAGGAAACCAACAGCAUGGAGGUUGCUCCUAGACACAUUCUGUGUUCGGUAAGUUUUGAGGCAAUGUAGGCUCCAGUUCCCAUCAGCCCUAAGCAGUACAGUCUACAAUCAGGGGUGAUGGGAGCUGUAGUCCAACAACACCAGGAGGGCUGCAGACUAGCCACCUCAGCAUUAAGCCUUUGGUUUAAUCACUCUGUGUUUGUCUCUUGCAGAAACAAACCCUAAAUACAUCUGAAUGUAAAUAUUCACAUUUAUCCCUUUAUCACCUUGCCUCUUUUUUCCCGCUUUUCCCCCUGGUAUCUCUCCCUCUGGAUAAAUUCCAAUUGCAUUCCCUUUGGGGCAAGGAAUUCUAAUUUUGCUUAUGUUAAUCUGCAAAGCUCUACAUACACCUACAGUACUACAUAAAUAAAAAUAGUACGAGAUGGAAAUUCAUCAACCAACUAUAGCAUUACUACAUAUUUAUGUUUCCUUGAUUUAAAACAGGGUGUUUGGGUUUGUCUGUUUGCUUUUAUAUAUAUUUAAAACUAGGUGUGAUAUGUACUUAUUCUCUGCUUUUUCUUUGACAGUGAAAAGUAACAGACAUCAUAUCUAAAUCUUCUAUUGCAGUGCAUUUAAAGAGAAACCUUGGCUCGAACAACUUGGCAUUGCAAGAACCCUGGCUAAAAAAAGCAUAUACAAACCUGUGUGCUUACCAACCUCCAUUUGAAACGAGCAUUUGCUGGAGAUGAUCCAUCUUGAAAAGUUGUGUUUGGAGAUCCUGACACAUUUGCUGAAAAUUUUAAGCUAGAUUUCCCACCCCACCAACUACAUACAAAGAGGAUUACAUCAUGGAAUAUUCGUAAGACAGAUAUAUUCAAAAUGUAAUAUAUAAUUUGUGACUGUAUAUUUUUGGCUCUUAGUGUCAGGCACUGUAAAUUGACAGGCCUUGUAAGCAGUCAGCAUGCUACUUUACAUAAAUUUCAUCUGAGGGGAGUAGAUUGAGAGAGAAUCAUUUUUGAAGGCUAGUAAGUUGGAACUGACAGAUGGACUUUUCCCCCCUGAGGACUGAAGUCUGUUUUAAAAAAACACCGAAUUGCAGGUUUUUUUUAAUGCAGCAAAUAAACCUAUACAAAGUUGACGAAGACUUGCUUAUAUAAAAACAAAAUUAGUUAAAAACUGAAGUGAAGCCUCAAGAGAGAUGGAGCCUUUGAGUAAUGAGGACUAUUUUCAGACUAUCCAGUACUCAACGUGUACAAUAGGUGCUGUCUUUGGAGAAUUGGAUUGAGGGUUAAAUUUGUAGAUUAAAAUUGAAACCUUCUGUCUCAUGUGUGGGAGAAAUACAAAAAGUAAACGGGCUGUGAAACCUUUCCAGCAGAGUAAAAGCA